AUGAUUCCAGACUGGAAACUUGGGUGACCGACGCUAGCUACUACAGGCCAGGGACUUGCAUUACCAGGGAUCUCCGAGGCUCGCUCUACAUGAGCAAUCUUCCCGGCAGCGUUAUAUGCUACGAUAUGAGCUCGAGAUCAUGGUCGGAGGUGGAAGUUUGUGGCUUCCCGGAUAAAAGCCAUCAAAGGCUGGAUAUCAUGGUUUGCAGCUCCAUGAUCAAUCACAGGGGGAGACACAUCCAAGUUUCGGCAUUGCUGAGUGACGACAAGAAGCUCUGGUACGAGAUAUGGGAGCUUGUACCUGGGAAUCAGUCGUUACCCAGGGGCUGUAAAAUGGCCUGGAGGAUCUUAUCUACGAGCCUGACACUGAAUGAGAUUACGCUGGAGGGAAGCUUUAUCUUCGUCCAGGCAGGAGACAUGCUGGUGGUGUACCCCCGGCUGCUGCGAGGUUCUCACUCAGUUUCGGAAGAGUGGCGCUCCAAUUUUCCUCCAGCAGUGGCUUUCAACGUUGAGCUGAGCUCCUGGCACGUCUUAGAAGAAUCGUUUGAGGGGAUUUUUGUGCCGAGCUUAACGACACAGCCUUGAGAAUAUUACGUACGUGAGAUGGGCAUGAUAUACCUCCUGAUAAUCGGGACAAACGUUACGUGUCCUUUUGGAGGUUGUUCGUGGCAGAAAUUCAGCAAUCCAGCACAGCACACGGGUCUUCUUUAUUCGAGUGUAUCAUUGACCCCGUUGAGUGCGCAGCAACUCCAAAACCUUGAGGUGAUUUCAAGUUUCUUGGACUUGACGAUCUUAAUUCAGGCGGUGACAAGAGGAGCUUAAUGGCGGCUGAAGAAUCGGCUCGCAUUGCGCCUCCGCAAGGGCUCCGGUCUCAAUCUUCAGUUGCCAAGCAGCAUCACAGGCACCUCCGUCGGCAUGGCAGUCAUGAACUGGAGGACGAAGAGCUGGAAAAUGAGGCAGAUCUAGAAACUGUUGAGGAAGAAAAAUCAAAUCUUUUGCUCUACGGCAAGCUCGAGGUAGGAAUUGGGGAUUGCAAGAACUUGGUGUUCAGGGGGCCGCUCACAGACUGCGUCCGCAUGCGAAUUCCGAUGUCCUGCAAUCCCAAAGUAUCCAAGAAGACGCGAUAUCCAAAACGGGGGCUCUACGUUGUUUUGAGCAUUGGGGGAGCAAGGCUUGGUCGAACCCGGAUAUCAAAAAAACCAUCCUGGAACGAACAAUUAUCCAUCCAUGUAAGUCAUUUUGCGACGGAAGUUGUGCUGACCGUGAAAGACGACGGGCUUUUAUUUGGGCCUCACGUCCUCGGCAGGGUCCGAAUACCAGCGGAGGAAGUUCUUUCGAAGAAGCCCAUCGAGGGGUGGUUUCCGCUGUUAAGCAGAGGAAGGCAGAAACAGGAUACGCAGCUCAACCUUUUUAUCAAGUACACUCCUGUCGAGGAAGAUCGGAAUUACAUUGAAGGUGUUGGUCCGGGGAUUGGUGUGGAGAAGGUGUACUUUCCUCUUAGAACAGGAUGCCGAGUGAGGCUGUAUCAAGACGCUCACGCGGAGGUGCCUCCUCUCAAGCCGAUAAGUCUCGACAAUGGCCAGGAAUUCGUGAGGCAAUGCUGCUGGGAGGAUCUCUGCCGGGCAAUUGUCGAUGCUCACCACAUCGUGUAUAUUAUCGGAUGGGCAGUCUUUCAUAGAACCAGGCUGGUGAGAACUGGUCACAAGGACUUGCCGGACUUAACACUGGGUGAGCUUCUUAAGCAAAAGUCUGCAGAGGGUGUGAGAGUUCUCUUGCUUGUUUGGGAUGACAAGACGUCUCACAGGACAAGGUUCUUCAAAAUCGAUGGUGUUAUGGGGACUCACGACGAGGACACAAAGAAAUAUUUUAAGCAUUCUGCAGUGAAGUGUGUCCUUUCUCCUCGCUAUGGAGACAACAAGCUCAGCUGGUUUAGACAAAAGAUUGUGGGAACCUUGUAUACUCAUCAUCAGAAGCUGGUAAUAGCUGAUACUCAGGGCCCGGGACAAACUCGAAAGAUCACCUCAUUUUUGGGAGGUCUAGACCUUUGCGAUGGUCGUUAUGAUACUCAAAAGCACUCUCUUUUCAACACUUUAACCACAAUUCACAAAGAUGACUGCUACAACGCCAUGUUUUCGGCAACUGCCGAGAGUGGAGGGCCAAGGCAACCUUGGCAUGAUCAGCAUUGCAUGCUUGAAGGUCCAGCUGCGUACGACUGUCUCAAAAAUUUUGAGCAGCGAUGGUUGAAAUCCUCGAACUGGCACGACGAUGAGCUGGUUCAGAUCUCACGAAUUUCGUGGAUACUUGGUCCAAUCAAGGAGCAUCCGGAGGAGGAUAAAGCGCUUCUAGUAUCACAGCAUGAUGAUCCAGAGACAUGGCAUGCGCAAGUGUUUCGUUCGAUUGAUUCCGGUUCUGUGAAAGGGUUUCCAAAGAGUGCUCUGGGUGCCGAAGUCGAGCAUUUGAUUUGCGGAAAGAACAUUGCUAUCGACAAAAGUAUACAUGCCGCAUACGUGGAGAGGAUAAGGUCUGCUCGGCAUUUUAUCUACAUUGAAAAUCAGUAUUUUCUGGGUUCUUCGUAUGCUUGGCCUGACUAUAAAAAUGCUGGUGCAACGCAUUUAAUUCCGAUGGAGAUUGCUCUGAAAAUUGACGCUAAUAUCCGAAAACGCAAAAGGUUCGCUGUGUAUGUGCUUGUACCCAUGUGGCCGGAAGGCGCUCCCGACAGUGCUUCUGGACAAGAAAUCUUAUAUUUCCAGGCACAAACCAUGGAGACGAUGUAUCGUGUGGUUGCAAAAGCUCUAGCAGACACCGGACUUGACAAAGAGUAUCAUCCCAGAGACUACUUAAACUUCUACUGCCUUGGCAAUCGCGAGAAACGGAAUCACGAGCCCGAGAAGCCACCACCUGAGAAGUCGAAACAGCAUACUGUACAAGAAAAUGGCCGUUUUCUUAUCUAUGUUCAUGCCAAAAGCAUGAUUGUAGACGAUGAAUACGUGAUCAUAGGCUCUGCAAACAUCAACCAGAGAUCGAUGGAUGGUUGCCGAGACACUGAAAUAGCAAUGGGAGCGUUCCAGCCAAACUACACGUGGAAGCAACAGCAGAAACAUCCCAGAGGCCAGGUCUAUGGCCAUAGAAUUUCGCUGUGGGCCGAGCAUCUGGCUUGCGUGGAAGAUUGUUUCGAAGAUCCAGAAAGCGUGGAAACAGUCCGCCGUGUGAAUCACCUGGCGGAGGAGAACUGGAAGCAGUAUGUCGGCGAGGAAGUGGUCGAUAUGCAAGGCCAUCUCAUGCCUUACCCGGUGGAGGUCACCCCGGAAGGAAAGCUCGAGCCACUCCAAGGUUUCGAGAACUUCCCCGAUCUUGGAGGCAAGGUACUGGGAACUCCUCACGCGCAACUUCCAGACCAGCUGACCUCGUGAUUUUGUACGGAAUGUCUAACCCCGUACACGUAUGAUUUGUACGAAAUAACGGUUUUAACUCUCCGUACGAGAACCCAGGGUUUUAACGAA